CGGAAAUCCUGUACUUGAUUCUGGGGAACUUGACACUGGUGUGGCGCAGGACCUCCGAAGAAAAGGCAGGGCGUGUAUCGGCGUGUUUUACUUUUUUGCUCUGUUUUCUAUCGGUUUUUGUUUUUGACAGCUGUUUCGGGAGACGCUGCUCUGUCGCCUUGGUCUAUACCGAGAAAGCUUCACGCUGACACACACAAAAAUGGAGAUAGAGAAGGAAAUGAAGAAGAUGACCCUGGGCCACGAGUUUGGCGCUGGAGCAGCUUGUCUGAAAUGCAAGGACAAGUGUGAAGGCUUCGAACUGCAUUUCUGGAGAAAAAUCUGCCGAAACUGUAAAUGUGGCCUCACAGAACAUGAUGUGGCGAUGAACUCGGAGGAGGACAAGAAGGUUGGCAAGCUGUUCGAGGACACUAAAUACACACGCCUCAUUGCCAAGCUGAAGACCGACGGCAUCCCCAGCUACCAUGGCAGCAUGGUGACCAUCACUCUGCCCAGCCCUGCCACUGCUUACAUACUUCCACCCAGUGCCUCCUCCACAGUGGUGCCCCCCUCUGCCACAGCUGAUUCUGUACAGCCCCCUGGAGCCUCUACAGGUUCGACGCCUGGCAAUGCUCGGCCGCAGCCUCAGGUUCAUCCUGUACCAGCCAGUGUCGCACCUGUCAAGGCUAACAAAGUGCCAGUCCCUGUCAGCGCCACAUCAGCCAACUUGGUGCCAGUCCCCAAAGAUGUGCCACUGAAGUCUGUCACUUAUGAGUGGGCACCACCAGUAGCCAAUAAGCAUUUGGCAGUGCGUUACAUUGAGCUGCUCCCACCAGAGAAGCGUCCAGUCACUGGUACAGAGGGAGCUGCUUACCGACGGCAGCAGAUGGCCCGUCAGCUGCCUGAGCAUGACCAGGACCCAUCCAAGUGCCAUGAGCUGAACCCUGAUGAGGUCAAACAAAUGCAGCAAUAUGUACGCAGGUACAAGGACGAGGCCCUGGGGGUCGGAGAUGUUAUGCUGCCUGAAGAGAUGGCUCUUGUCCAAGCAGGUGGGCAGGGUGGACCCGGUGGGGUUGGAGUUCCGCCUGGUGCAGGAGGGGCAGGUUUUGGACCAGGGGUUGAAACACCUGGAGUUGGGGCUGGAGGGGCUGGAGGGGCUGGGCUUAGACCAGGAGCUGGGGUUGCUGGAGCUGGUGCUGGACCAGGAGCUACAGGCCCUGGUGCUGGGCCUAUGGAUGGGGCAAGAGUCGGUGCUGGCUUUGGGCCUAGAGCAGGGGGCAGUGGAGCUGGAGCUGGUGGUGCUGCAUCACUUUCAGGGCCUGGGACUGGACCAUCUGCUGGCUUUGGGCCUCCUGGAGGAGCCGUGGGUACUGCUGCCACUGCUGGAGCCAUGGGUGUCCCUGGAGCUCAGCCAGCAGGACUAACUCAACAGAACUUUUUCUGCCAUCACUGCCAGCAGCCCAUGCGUCUGGGCGAGCCGGCCGUCUAUGCUGAGCGGGCUGGCUACGACAGACUGUGGCACCCAGCAUGCUUUGUGUGCUGCACCUGUAACGAAUUGCUGGUAGACAUGAUCUACUUCUGGAAAAAAGACAAGAUGUACUGUGGACGCCACUAUGGAGACAGUGAGAAGCCACGAUGUGCAGGCUGUGACGAGCUGAUCUUCAGUAAUGAGUACACUCAGGCUGAGGGCCAGAACUGGCACUUGAAACACUUCUGCUGUUUCGACUGCGACCGAAUCCUUGCCGGAGAGACAUAUGUCAUGGAGAAUGAAAAACCUGUCUGCAAGCCCUGCUACAUGAAGAACUAUGCUGUGAAAUGCUCAGCUUGCCAGAAUGUGGUGGAGCCCGAGGCCCAGAGGGUGUCAUACGGCGAGCACCACUGGCACGCCGAGCCACAGUGCUUCAAGUGCUCCGGCUGCGCCAAGUGCCUGAUGGGCCAGCGAUUCAUGGCACUGCAGGGCUACCUCUUCUGCUCAGUGGAGUGCAAGAAGAAAACUAUAGCUUAGACGUCCAAAACGGCACCCUCCGCCUCCUCCGCAACCACUUGUGAAACCAAGAUGGGUUCAGCUAAAACUAGACCCUGAGCAGGGAAAACAAACACUGUUGCAGCUGCAGGUGUGUUAACAGGGGAUAGAGUGCCUGGUCCCACUAAUUUUUACAUUUAAAACACCUAAUAGAGAGUCCAGUUCCAUUGGGUCCUCAUUCCUCUUUAGAAGAGCACCAAUAAAUCUGUCUCGACUAGGGUGACUCCUAAACUUCUGUCCUUCUACUGUCCAGUUAAUCCUCUGCCUUAAAAUCAGUAAUUUCCUAUAAAACAAGUAAGCUUUUGUUGUUGCUGUUUUCUUACUGCUGAGUUUAAUUUGGUCAGAGGUGUUAAACCUGUGUUUGGUAAUAGUAUUGGCACUGUUCUACUCCUAAAGGACAAGCUGUCUAAUUUAUUGUGCCACACUUUAUGCUUUUUUUUUUCCACACAAGAAGUUACUGCUAUUCUAUGUGGCAACAUGAUGAGCAAUAUUAGCUGGGUUUGGGGUUGAUUUGCUUCCAGUGCACUGUAUUCCAGAUCAGAGUGAAAUCAAGCAGCAUUCCUACAUUUUUCCUAGAGUUUGAUGGGAAUAAACAGUGGACACCACUAGUUACCAGCCAGUGUGAUACACCACCACAAACUGUGGCUGUCAGAACAAUAGCCCUACAAGUAAGUGGUGUUUAUAUAGAUAAGCAAAUGAUGUGUUUCUAAUUUAAUCCAUCUGUGUAAGUUACUGUGCAAAAAGACUAGAAUGUCAGAUUGCAUUAGCUUUUAUCUGAUGAAUGGUAAAACUGUGUUAUGCAGCUCAAUCCAGUGCAGUAACAUUGCAAACUGUACCGUUAUAAACACCUGGCCAGUACAGUCUUAACGUGAUUUUCAGCUACUGUAUUAGAUUGCAUUUAUUUCUAAAGUGACAUAAAGGUGUAGGAUCUCCAUUAGCUUUCACAAAGUGGUGUUUAGUUUUCAGUCCAUUUAAUACUUGGGUUUAAACAAACAAUGAUUCUGUGCAAAAUGAAAAUGUAUUAAUUAUAAAUGAAAGGAAAAAAGAUAAACAAACCGAACAUAGAUUACAGAAAAUACUCAGGAUUUUCCAGAAAAGUUAACACAUGGAAAUUAAGUUUUCAUCUAAGUUUACAUACUUUUGUCAUCCACUGGGCCCCUGAUGAAUGUAAACACUGUAAAGUUGUCAUAUAGGAAGAACAGCAGGCUCGCCAUGGACUUGAUGAAUUGAAGAGAAACACUGUAAGUUGUUACACAUUUUGUAGCUGUGUUUUUGUUAUUUUUGUGUUGUGUGCUUUCCCUGUUAUACACUAAACUGUCUGCCCCAGUAAUUUGAGUAAUCAGCUCAGUGCAGCUGUUCUUUUCACUCAUUAGCUGAUUAAAGCCCCCAUGCAGCCUUUGUCCACCCACACAGGUGUUUUCACUCAAGACCUCUUCUCACAAGAGUGUGUGUACAGACAGCUUGACUGACAUCCCUCACUCACUAACUCACUCCGUUAGUUUUGUUGCAGACAGAACUUACUUCCUGGUCUAAUCGGCCCUUCAUGCUUGAUGUAGCCAAUGAGGAUGUAGUUAGCUGCUAGUGAUGUGGCAGCACAGCUGGUCACAUGCACCGCAACAUCUAGAGUCAUGCAAAAAAACCAUGAAAGAGUUGACCCCGUUUAGAGGCCUUUUUUAACAACAGACAGUUUGACUUUGAAAUAAUGCCAUUAAUGAAACCUUAUUCCAUUAAAGGUCCCAGUUAAAAUGGCCUCGCUCAUUGGGAAUGUAUAGCAUCAUUAAUGCUAUGAAUUACACCUGUGCUUUUCCUGCUAUGACAUGUCUUCUGUCAAAAGGGUCUUUUGGUGCAGUUAAUGUGAAGAUGUCAUUAAAUUCAUGUCAUGCUUCAACCUGAGCAGAGGUCUUAUGAGUGUAACUGAAAGCACCUGUGUGCAGGGCCUUUGCAUCUGCUCAUUAAAAUAUACAGGCUGUCACAGUUGUAUAGUUUUCCACAGCUCUUAAAGUUGUACCCAAAGAUGCUAAGCAUCAACCAGAUACUUCCCUGUAUUUUAUGUCCUGUAGCUGAAGCACUUUCUCAUCAGAACAUUGGUUUACCUUUAGCUCAAAAUCACUUAGGCUCCCAGAGGAUCUGUGUUGUUCUCUCUUGCAUAUCAGUUGUUACACUCUGCAACAGGCUGGACGUGAUGGAAAAAGCAACUCUGAUGUUAUGUUUUCAUUCACUAAGUGGAAACUGUGCACAAUUCAAGGAAGCUCCAUCUCUGAGAACCCCCAUUGUCCUAAAUGGCACUUAGCCCAAAGCUGGGCUGCUAUUUCCCCUCUUUCAACCACAGACCCGCCAGACCUGAUGUGACCAAAUUGCCUAGCCAGCUUCAGGAUCACCAAGUUGUGACCUCUUUCCCACAUCCUCCUGUGUCCCUUCUCUAAUUUUCUUGUGUCAGAAAGUCCCCUCUUUUCUAGUUUCUCUAUCACAGAACACUUUUAGCUUUAGACUUGCAGCGUUGAUCUAAGAAUGAAAUCUUGCCUAAGAAAAGAGUUGAAUACAAACAGGGUGAAACCUUGAGCGGUGGGGCCUUCUUCCUGUACAACUGUGUGCCUGUUGGAAUUUGCAUGCAAUUUGUUUCAUGCUUGAAUUUGCACCGUGCUGCAGUUUAACACAGCAAGUUGUAUUGUAAUUUUAUUUCUCUCUAGAAUUUGCAUCAUAUUAAAAGUUUACUUGAAUCUA